AUGAUCCAGUCUGGUCCCAGUUACGCUCCUCCACCAUGUCAAACAUUGUGUCGAGCACUCUCAUCCUCCCAAGUUGUGAACCAACUGUCUGGUCAGCAAGUCUUUUUCCGUCAAUCAAUAUUUGCCGUUCUUCCAGGUUCCAACUUCCAACACUGGUGGCCCAACCUUGCAGCCACCAUCAGCCACCACCCACACUCUCUUCUCGGGCAGAUCUGGAAGCAUUCAACUUUGAACAAAGAAAUCGGGACAGAUCCGCCCCCGGCUGUGUGCUACAGUGGGGGGUCAGAAGUAUUUCAACAAGGAAAGGUAUCGCAUAUCGCGUUGUGUGCUGAGGCAUAUUGA